AUGGCUUCCACCAAGAGAACAGUCAUCGAAAUAUCCUCUGGCAGCGACGAUGAUAACCCUCUCGUGACGCGUCGCAAGAUCCGCCGACGAUCCAAGAUACCAGAGCCGCAGCGGAAAGAAGCAGACAAAGAGUCUACCCAAAGCCAACCGACAUUUGCAGAAUUUCUCUCCCAAACGCUACCAAGCAGGCUAAUCUCCGGUGAUGUCGCAAAUUACAUCCAGCGAGAGUCCAACGUUCGUCUGGAGACUGCAAGGCAAGAAGGGAUUACUCUGGAUACCGUUUUCAUCGGCAUGGACUGUUUGCCAACUUGGAUCGGUAUGCACUGGGAUCCGCAAAGGGAGUCUCUGCAUUGCGCUAUCCAAGAUCGGCUGAUGGAUGUGGAAGUUUCGAGUACACUGGGUGAUGUUCUUCGGAGAGAUCUCAUUGAAAAGGGGAACAGGAAACUCGAAGAGGCUCGUCAACUCGGACUGGGCAUCGAGGACAUCAUGAUUGGGAAGGGGCUCCUGGCGACAUGGGAUACCCUGGCGUCUACCCAAGAGUCAGCUUACGGGCUGGAAACCCCUCCGGGAGAAACGAGCACCGAAACCACUGUUCAAGAUUCAUCAGUCUUCGGUCAAGCAGAAACACCGGAAUCCGAGACCAUUACAAUAUCCACGGCGAGUGGGGCUCCGAAUUCGCCCGAAAUCGUGUACGACUCCUCAAGCACAUACGACAGCUGUUCCGACUUUAGCAGCAGCAGCGGUGGCAACAGUAGCAGCACUGAAGAUGACGAGCAAGUUGACGACGUCAUCCACAUGAACAACGUGGUCAAUACCCAGCCGGAAUAUUCGGAGAGCGACGACGAAGCUCCGCAUAUUCUUCACGAUGUCGAGGUUGUGGGCGGUUUUGAGGGUCACCCGGAUGUCGACUUGGAAGUUUACUUGGUGGAGGACGACGACGAAGUAGAGGACCUUCCGGAACUUGAAUUGGCGAUUGAUGGAGAUGCGUUUAUACAUUAUUUUGGCGAUGAUGGUCUUAUGGAGGUUGAGAUUCCUGGGAUGGAUCUACAGUGCUCGCUUGACGUUCCUCCUGACCAGAGUGAUGAAGGGAACGAUCAUACGGAACGUGGACCGCCCUUGGAGGAAAUCGAGGACGACUCCGAUGAUCAAGUUAUGGAUGAGAAUGAGGAUAAUGAAGCGGAUGAAAAUGAGGGUGGAGAGCAAAUUUCCAUCAUUCAAAUCACCGAGGAUGGUUUCACUUGGUGA